AUGCCAAGAACAAGUCGAACAAAAUCCAGAUUACAUACCUCGGCGGUCGGGUUGCCUUCCAAAUUGAAGAAUGACCACCACGAACAAAGGGAUGCACAGGAACCUAUGAUACCGAAUUCCUCAUUUGAUGAACCUUCAUUACCCACUUCGAAAGCUCAGAAGAAAGCUGAAUUCAUAGCUGCUGUUCAAUCAGCUCCUCAUCCAUAUAUAAUACAAUCUAAAUCACACCUAAGACGUGAAAAGCGAAGGGUCCGUUCUAACCUAUCAACGAAUUUGGAUUCAUUAGAAAAUGCUCUAGAAUCAGUACUUCCUGAGUCUUUCCAGCCACCCACUGAGGAAGAGGCAGGAGAAGGAAAAGCGAAAAAGGAUAAAAUGAAAUCUGUAUCGAGAGAAUCGAAAGAAGAGGAAAAGAGGAAAAGGGUGGAAAUGGAAAGAGAAAAAGGUAAAAUAGGAGAAGGGAAAGGUAGAACUUUAGGUGAAAAGAAAAGAAGACAGGUGAUCCAAGAAGCGUCCAAACGAAUCCCAGCGGUACUAUCUCAUCCUGCUUAUCAAUCAAAUCCAUGGGCCGCUAUAAGAGAACAUGUAGGAAAUACGGUAGCUACAAAACUUCGUCCCGUAGCGAAAUAA